GGAAUUACCUCCCGACUUCCUUACAAGCUACAGUCCAACAGCUCCGAAAUGGAGGACCUCUGCUUCUCACUCCCGUCAUCUUCGUGACUCUCUCUCUCUCACACACACACACACACAUCUUCACCUCCAUCGAAAAAAUACAUUCAUUUCCCCUUCUCAUGGUCUACUCUUUCUCUUGAGAUCUCUCUUCUGAUCGAAAUCAACCAAAACCAUCUUCAUAGCCAACAUGAAGACCUAAUCCCCUAAACUUUAAACCCAUUUCCCUACCUAAUCUUCUCGGAAACCUUAUUCCCUCUAAUUAUUCAAAAUCCACCAUCAUUAAGCCUCAAAAACCAAUAUUUAGAUCCUAAUGAAGCAGUCUUCGUCCUAUCACCCUCCUUCCUCUUCCAAAUCUGCCUCAGUUCUCCCCUACAAGACCUCCAAUAUCCGCGACCACUACAAGGUUGGCCGGAAGCUGGGCCAGGGGCAGUUCGGCACCACAUUCCUCUGCGUCGACAAAUCCGACGGCAAAAAGUACGCCUGCAAGUCCAUUCCUAAGCGGAAACUCCUUUGCAGAGAAGACUAUGAAGACGUUUGGCGCGAGAUCCAGAUCAUGCACCAUUUAUCCGAGCAUCCCCAUGUAGUAAGGAUCAAAGGUACCUAUGAAGACACGCUCUUUGUACAUUUGGUGAUGGAGUUGUGCGGAGGCGGGGAGUUGUUUGAUAGGAUCAUACAGAAGGGGCAUUACAGCGAGAGGAAAGCGGUGCAGCUCAUCAAGACUAUGGCUGGCGUUGUGGAGGCUUGUCACUCCCUUGGUGUGAUGCAUCGGGAUCUCAAGCCGGAAAACUUCUUGUUUUCUAGCACCGAUGAGGAUGCGCCGCUCAAAGCUACGGAUUUUGGUCUCUCAGCGUUCUACAAGCCAGGUGAAAUGUUUUCUGAUUUAGUGGGGAGUCCUUACUAUGUUGCCCCUGAAGUACUACUUAAAAAUUAUGGUCCAGAAGCAGAUGUAUGGAGUGUUGGAGUGAUUUUGUAUAUUUUGUUAAGUGGGGUUCCACCAUUUUGGGCAGAAACGGAAGCGGGGAUCUUCAAACAGAUUUUAGAAGGGCCGUUGGAUUUUGAAUCUGAACCAUGGCCCAGCAUAUCCGAUAGUGCUAAAGAAUUGAUAAAAAACAUGCUGAAUCGAGAUCCAAAACUAAGGUUUACAGCUCACCAAGUUCUUUGUCACCCAUGGAUUGUUGAUGAUACAGUAGCACCUGAUCGGCCAUUGGAUUCUGCUGUUGUUUCACGCCUGAAGCAUUUUUCUGCAAUGAAUAAGCUUAAGAAGUUGGCACUACGUGUCAUAGCAGAACGCCUGUCAGAAGAAGAGAUUGGUGGACUAAAAGAAUUGUUCAAGAUGAUUGAUACAGAUAACAGUGGAACCAUAACAUUUGAUGAGCUAAAAGAUGGCUUGAGAAGGUUUGGCGCUGAACUGACAGAACAUGAGAUCCAGGCUCUCAUGGAUGCUGCUGAUAUAGACAACAGUGGCACAAUAGAUUAUGGUGAAUUUCUUGCUGCUACUUUGCACUUGAACAAGUUGGAGAGAGAGGAAAACCUGGUAUCUGCUUUCUCCUACUUUGACAAAGAUGGAAGUGGCUAUAUAACCAUUGAUGAGCUCUCACAAGCAUGCAAAGAUUUUGGACUCAUUGAUGCCCACCUUGACGAAAUGAUCAAAGAGAUAGAUCAAAACAAUGAUGGGCAGAUAGAUUAUGCUGAGUUUGUUACAAUGAUGAGGAAGGGCAAUGGCGCAGUUGGUAGGAGGACCAUGACUAGCAGUUUGUGCUUUCAUUUGGGUGAUGCUUUUAGAGCUGCAGACAAUUAAAUACGCAGAAGGCUUAUGUUUCAAUAGUUUUAUUGUUUGGAUGAUUCCAGCGAGUUCUUUUGUACUGCUUCAUGGAUUGAAAUCUAUAGUUGAAAUUAGAGGAAACUCUUUCUUCAGUUA